CCUGGCGAAUUAUUGCGCUCGUGCAGUCUUUGCACGGCUUUUCGCGACUCGCGACAACAACGCCUGCCACGUGCUGGUACAAAUCUAAGGACAAUCAGACCGCGAGAAUCGCCGUGUUUGGUGGAAAUAUAUAUAAGACCAAGACCGAGAUUAUGACCAUUGUAAUUCCAGCUGCGGAGAAACUGCAAAGAAACGCGAGACACGGAGAAAAAGAUCGCCGCAAAGAGGAGAUCGAAUCAACCGACACGAUGAGCCGAAGGGGAAUGCCCCAAGUUACUAAAGGAACUUUAAUAAGGGAACUUCGGGAAGAUAUACGCAUGGAGAUCGAUCCGAGGAGGAAGCCACAGAUCACGCAACAACUCGUCUACCGAGUGGCCGACAGAAUGGCGGCAUCGGGAAGCUUUAUCGGGAAGUCAGCACACGCGAGGAACAUCACCCCAUUCCCCGCCUUCCUGUCAGUUAUCACGUUGUAAACCUUAUCUGCCGCGGAGCACAAUGUACAGCGAGUCGGAUCUCGGGCCUGUACACGUGCACGCGUGCGAUGUAUCGCUAUUAGAGAUAUUGUUAUGCGGACAGAGAAUGCAUCGAAGCAUCGAGAGACGACAAAGCUCAUUUCAUACUCACGAAUUGGAGCGAAAUGCGCUAGACCGUCGGUCGCGCGGACGCGCGCGCGUGACGGGCUGGUUAAAUAAAUAAAGCUGCGCGUUGCAAUCUACGUGUGGAUGGAGAGACGCGGCACGGGUUUCGCGGAUAAAAUCGUUCGCGCCGAUUCACGAUCUAUCGCUACCGGCUGGAAAAAUCCGCUAUAAUCGGAUCAUUUUUUGUGAAAGCCGCGGAUCCGGAGUGCGACAAACGCGACGAAUUGGUUUGUUUACCGCACGCGCGGUAAUUGCGAAACGCGGUCACAAGUUCCGGAAGGGCCGCUCGCGUCGCACCUCAUCGGCCAUGCGUAAUGAAGUGUACAUACUUGUUUAGGCAUAUUUUAAGCGGAAAAUACGACCGGAUCUAUACUACUCCUGCGUGAUUUUAUCCAUGCCGGGGGUUCCGCGUUCCGCGUCGCGCGCCGCUUGCACAAACACCCGCCGUUAAAAUGGUAUGCCCGCAGCAUCGCGAAAAUGUUUUACCGUGAUGAAUGUAAACAACGCGUAACGGCCGAUCGGCGCUGAUGGGUCGCGUGAAUUUUUUACUAUGCCCGACGCCGUCGAAAUGUCCAAUAUCGUCCAGAUGCAAAUUCCAUAGUGACGGCCGGUAAUUUCCAACGGCGCCGAACGCGAGAAACGGACGGUGACACGGCCGUUUACACGGACUCUGUAAUUUCAACGCGUCGCGUUUUUUUUUCGCACGCACCGCGCGGCCCGUGUAUAAACUCGGAAAAAAGCGGACGGAGCUCUCGGAACGAUCGGAGACAGGGCGAAUAUGACACACACCGACACGCUUUGAACGAAGUAAAUAGAACGACGACGUUCUCUGAUAUAAAAGCGACAUUGCCGUUUUUGCGGAGCUGAAAAGGGAAACGCUUGAAAAGCUACGUCUACAGUUAACGAUAACCUAACGACAUUACCUGUUGAUUAUCGAAAAAAAAACUUCGUUAUACGGAUGGCAAUCACUUUGCCAUCACUUUGCCAUAACCACGCAAUUUUUCAGACGAUAGAUUAACGGUCAGUCCUUAUCGCUACGAGCUGCAGUAACCUUCAGAAUUGAUGCGGCGGCCAUCAGUUUCAGUUGAUCGAUGCCCGCAAAAAAUCAUAUCGAUUUGUAAGCAGAGCGCGGCCUGCCAAGAGAGCCGCGUAAUUAUCUGCCGCAGUUAUGGACGUCGGUAUUGCCCGGCCCGGCACUCUGGCCAGCACCGUGUGUAUGGGUAAUUGGCUCUCUUGUUAACUGCGUGCGUGUCGAUCGCGCGCAUGAUUUCGAAUAAUUAGGCCGUGCGUAAUUGAUACCCGCCGUUUCGGCGACGAGCGAUCAUCAUUUCUUUCCGGCGCGGAAAAACAAGGAGUCCAAUCACGAGGAGAUCAUUCCGCGAUCCUCCUUUUUUGGCAGACAGUGCAAAUUCGAGUGUGGGAAAUUACACGCCUGUAAUUUCCCAAACGACUGGGGUGGAAAAUCGCACGGUCGAAUUUCGAGAGUCAGCGCGAUGCCGUGGAGUCGCAUUCGGGUCGCAACAUCAGCGAUCCUGUUUUAAGAACAGGGGACGCAGCCCUCUCGAGAAUACAAAUUCCGUCGGAAGUUACGUUAUAAGAGACGCUUCCCGCCUCCUUCUUCUUCUUUUUUUCGCGACCGAGCACUUCCUUUACGGCGCAUUAGCAUAAAUCGACGAAUAUGAAUCGACCAUUUAUGCGGGACCCCGCCGCUCCUGCCGGGUCGAGAGUAUCUUUACGAAAACGUUUAAUUAAACCUCUCAUAAAUCACACCGCGAGAGCGCGGGCGCGACGCGGGCACGGGGACAAAUUAAUAAGAUUAAUUGGUUGACAGUUUGGGAAACACUUUCGACCGCGCCGCGUCGGCCGUUCUCGUUCGCUUUGACGUCGGAUGAAUCGUUCGUUGAGGGGAGCGACGCGGGAAAGAAUAUUAAUUUUUAGCCCGAGGCACCCUCGGAAAAUAUGUUUUCUUUGAACCUGGCCCCGAUGACUUAUCUCGGACCCUCUAACGGAGGGGUGAACGUCACCCGCAGGAGAUACACCGUCAGAUCGAUGAUUUUCAAUGACAACUGACGCGCUCUCGGAUUUUAUGAUUAUAUCUCCUUCUCGUGGAAACUUUCUAACAAAUGGAGUUGAUGCAAAUUUAACAAAUGCUCCUAAAGCGAUCACAAGAGUAUAUAUUGUAUAAUCUAUUAAAAACAAAAAGUAGGCUACGAAAAUUUUUCUCUCUAAGCAGAUGUUCUAUUAUAACUUCAUAAUGACGUUGAUUUUAUUAUCUAUCGCAAUUAUCUGUGUAUUAUGUUACACAGAUGAUAUCGUGCAAGGGAAUCGGUAGAGUCUUAUCGAUCAGCGACCUAACUCUGAUAGGCAGCUAUCGCCUCGUAUCAUCCCCUCUUCGGACAAGGAAAGAUAUUAUGACGGCUGUCAUUCCGAACGUUAAAUGAGUGUGGCGAUUAGUAAUGUGAGAUGUUGAAGGUUGACUCAUUUAUAGGGACGGCAUAUCGAACGAUCUGUUCUUCGACGGACGUUUCUAUUGAAUGUAACGCGCGUGUGCCCACAUUAGAUGUUACCCGACGCGAUAUCUGACUGAAUAAACCCCCCCGUUGCUCAUCGACGAUAUAUUAUCACAGUGCACACAAAGUACACAUUCGGUGUAUACAAAAACGACUCAUCGCAAAGUUGAUAUACUCUGGCCAGAGCGAAAGAGCGGAUAUUCCUUCCUCCGGGAUGCGCAGUCUGUCUUUGUACUUUCAUUGUUUCGCGCGUGGCGCCCGCACGGUUUUGCCCGUUCGCUGUACCUUUUUGGCCUUUGGAUGCUCGACGAUGCAAUUCGUUGAAACCGAUACGAUUCAGACAAUCUAUUUGCCAAACAUUGUAACCCAAGCCUCAUUGUCUCUUGCGCAUGUUACCUUUCGCACAUACAAACGCUCUCGCGCCCAUCGAGGAGAAAGAGAGAGAGAGAGAGAGAGAGAGAGAGAGAGAGAGAGAGAGAGAGAGAGAAUGGAAACGAUAUACGGGUUGUACACCGGCGACACGCGGUAUCUGUUAUGUAUCGCGCGGAAAAAGCGCGAUAUUCCUAGUUUAUUUUCAGUUUUAGUCACGCCACUAUAAAUCGCAGUCAUUCCCGGCUGCGAAAUACGAUGAAACGAAUGUGUUUUGCAUGUCGUGCAUAAUCCGCAUAUGCAUUUUUAAUGCUAUUACUAAAUCAUAUAUUUUUUUACACGGAUCGAUGAAUACCUCGCGUAAAGAAAAACUAACGCAGCAGCAUGUCAGUUGUUACGUCUCUAUUUAACGAUGACAUGUAUAAAGCAUGAUAAGAUAUAAAUUUAAUGUUAUAUUCGAUUUGCUUCGGGACUGAUUAUUAUCAUAUGUGCAUUAUGAUUAAAAAUUG